CAUACACGUAGUUGAAUGAGGCUGUUCCCCAUCCUUCACUCGGUGAUUUGUUUUUCAUAUUCUGAAGGCUACGGAAGAAGGUAGGGAGCUGAAUAAAGACAAUGGAAGGGCCUAGUGGCAGCUUCCCGCAGAUCGACCUGAGCAACAAACUCAUCAUCAAAGCCCAGCUUGGGGACGACAUCAGGAGGAUACCCAUUCACAAUGAGGACAUCACCUACGAUGAACUGGUCCUGAUGAUGCAGAGGGUCUACCGGGGCAAGCUCAAUCCAAGCGACGAGGUCGUCAUUAAAUAUAAAGAUGAAGAUGGUGAUCUGAUAACAAUUUUCGAUAGUACCGAUCUUUCAUUUGCAAUCCAGUGCAGUAGGAUUUUAAAAAUCACAUUAUUUGUCAAUGGUCAGCCAAGACCGAUCGAGAGUGACCAAGUCAAGAAUCUCAGGCGAGAGCUGCAGUCCAUUCGCAACCAAGUCAACUUUCUCCUGGACUCCCUGGAGCCUCGGUUACCCAUCGAGAAACCCGAAGGUACUUGUAAGCCCUCUGUGCGAUCAAAGAAAAAACCAAAAGAGAAUGCUGCGGAGGAGCAAGUUGAAGCCAAGCCUGCCGUUAGCACAGCCCAAACUGCCAUGUUUGAUCCAUACAAACAACCAGCUCCGAACGCAGCCGUCAUGAACAGCUUCGGUAUUGACAAAGAUGAAGCAACAGAAAGGCCGGCCUCACCUGCUGACAGCGUUUCAAGUCGGAGCUCCAAUGUCAGUCAACAGCAGCAGCAGCAACAGAGGCAAACCCCUGCCAACCAGCCGGGUGCACCCCACCCCCAACCUGGGGUCACGCAGGGUAUGUCACCGGUUCACUCGCCCCGCCCUGGCCCCCAGCAGCCCGGCAUGCCGCAGUCUCAGCAGCAGCAACAGGCUUAUGCUCCUCGUCCUUCAAGCCAACCCACCACCCUGGGGCUCUAUGGCGCUCCUACUCCUACUUCAUUGGGAUAUCAGCCAGGCAACAUGCCACAACCUCAGCAACAACAACAGCAACAACCAGCUGUUUCUCAAGGCUACAACCAGCCGCAAGCCCCGUACAGUGGUCAACAAGAACAACCACAACCACAGCAGCCGCAGGGAUUCCCACAACAGCAGCAACAAGGAUACCCACCGCAACCACAACAGUCGGGGUACAAUCCCCAGCAACAACAGCAACAACCAGCUGCCUACAGCGCGUACCAGCAGCAACCCGGACAACAACCUGGCGGGCAACAACCCUACCCAACACCAGCAGGGGGCCCGGGCAACCCCUACGCUAGGAACACCCCUUAUGGCAGGCCCGGGGCGUACCAGCAGCCGGGAUUGGGGUAUAAAUGAGUGUCAUGCCUGAGGGAAGGUCCUAAUAGAAACAUGGAAAGAAGCUGAGAAGCAUUUUAUUGUAUGUUUUUGUAUUUUGGUUAUUUUAUCAAAAUUCCAAUGGUAUUUUAGGGUAUUUCUGAUCUCAUUGAUAGUUGACUAAAGAUCUAGAAUUGUUAAAAAAAAGAAACAUAUAUGACAUACAGUCAGACCUUUACAAAUUCAAACUUUUGAUCCAAAGGCAAAAUGAAAAUCAGUAAAAAUUAUUUACCUUUAACUUUUUGACUGCACACCUAAGUCUUCAGGGAUAUGACCUGUCUGAUCAUUGCUGGAAGUGACGUAGCAGCAAAGAGUUGGGUCAUAAACUCUUGGAAGUCGUGUCGGCCCCUGUCAUGAUUCAGCGUAGGUUGGUGCGCCCUUUAAUAUGUAGGUGUAUAUUUUUUUUACCGAGUUUCAUUUGGCAUUUGGAUCAACAGUUUACAGUAAAUUUGUGGAUGUUUCAUCAAUGCAGUUUAACUCUCAUUCAAUUGUGACAGUUAGACCUGUCUUUAAAGACUUCUCAAGGGUGACAAACGUGUAAUCCAAGCUAUGUACAGUUGAAGUUUACAUACACCCAGAGAAUUCAAAGAAAAGUUGACACUUGCCAAACAAGGUGUCAUUUUCUCCCUAAAAAUCUUCAUAUUUUAGACACAUUAAAUAUAAAAACAUUUCAUAAUUGUGCUAGUUACUUCUUAACACAAACAUU